CUAAAAUGAGUCGCUAAUUGUUGUGGACGGAAUGGAUGCUUCCUGGCACAGUGCCUUCCUUGGGACCACCCACCUACAACAACUUGUAGUUGUACAUAGAAAGAAAUGUCUCUGUCACCGACGACGCCACAGUUUCAAAGCAACACAUAGCAAAUGGAUACCUUUAUGUAUGGCUAAGAAAAAAUCAACACAACAACCACAAGAAGUGGAUGUUUUCGGUGCCGCUGGAUUGUCUCAAGAAGAACUUUUAAAACAAGCGUUGGAAAAUAUUCACAAAUCAAAGGAAAGCAAAAAGAACAAGUCAAGUAAGGAAGAAAAGGAAACUACAAAUGAGCAGAGAAAUACGAUGGCUAGACAAGAAACGGAGCACCAAGUGAAGGAAGAAAAAAGGAAAAAGCAAGCAAGCAAGCAACAACAAAAAAGACUUGACAAAGAAGAAGAAGAAGAAGAGACGAUACAAGACCCAGAAACAAGACAAGAAUAUGAAAAGUUUUUGUCCGAAGUAGGAGCCUUCACUUUAAGUGGCAGACAGAAACAAAGAGUAAAGGUUAGUUAUAACCGCAUUUCGAAAAACGACGUGGAUGGAUUUCGGCACUCUCAAGGGGUCAGUUGGAUACGUCUACAAGAUAUCACACUGUAUUUUGGAAGUGUGAAACUGUUGACUCGUGUGAAUUGGGAAGUAAAAUCAGGUGACCGCGUAGGUCUUGUGGGUGAUAACGGCUCUGGUAAAACUACCAUGUUGAAGAUUUUAGCUGGUCUAAUCACUCCAGACUCUGGUGAAAUUAUAAAAUCAUCACCAAGAGUUAGAACAGCCUUUUUGAAGCAAGAAUUUGUCGAUGAACUAUGUCCAACAAGAACUUUGAAGGAAGAACUGUUGUCUGUAUUUGAAGAAGAAAACAAAAUGCUACAAGAAUACCGACAGUUGGAAGACAAAAUUGCCAAUAUGGGUACCGAAGGAAACAACUUGGAAUAUGUGGAAGAAUUAUUGAACCAAUUGGAAAGUUAUAGAACCCAGUGUGAAGAUAGCGAUGUCUGGAAUCUAGAAAACAGAAUUGAAAGACUUCUGCCUCAAUUAGGGUUUCUUCCCGAAGAUACAUGGAAGCCUGUUUCCAGUUUCUCUGGUGGUUGGAAAGUUCGCAUAGGACUGGGCAAAGUCUUACUGAAGAAACCAGAUGUGCUGUUAUUGGACGAACCAACCAAUCACUUGGAUAUAGAAAGCUUAGAAUGGCUUGAAGAAUAUUUAUCUUCUUGCAAUAUUGCCCUUGUUCUUGUGUCUCAUGAUCGAGAGUUUUUAGAUCGAGUUGCAAACAGAAUUGUGGAAGUUGAGAAUGGAGAAACACAUGAGUUUGUUGGUAACUACACAUCAUAUCUUCGACAAAAGGAAGAUAUGAGAACGGCAUGGGAAGCAGCUUAUCAACGUCAACAAAAGUUUUUGGAGGAACAGUAUUCUUUUAUUCGAAGGUUUCAGUCAUCAGCUACGAGAGCAUCACAAGUAAAGUCAAGAGAGAAAUUAUUACAAAAUAUGCAAUUGAAAGGUGAAUUGGUUCCAAGACCUCCGAGACCAGGAAAACCAUUAGUGCUUCGGUUCCCUUCAGCACCUCGUUCUGGAAAUGAUGUUGUAGAAUUUAGAAACGUGACACAUGGUUAUGGUGAUCGUGUCUUGUUUCGAAAUGUCAAUCUGUUGGUCGAAAGAGGAGAUCGUCUGGCCAUCGUUGGUCCCAAUGGAAGUGGUAAAAGUACUCUGUUGAGACUCAUCACUGGACAAGAGAAGCCUAACCAAGGUGAGAUUAUGGUAACAAGUCAUAAUCUUGUGACAGGUUAUUUUGAACAGAGUCAGGCGGAUGUUUUACCAUUGGACAAAACAGUUUAUGAAACAAUAGAACAGGCAGCUGGGACCAGUAAGAGCUACGAAGAAAUUCGUGCAUUGUUGGGACGUUUCCUAUUCAAAGGAGACUCUGUAUACAAGUCGGUAGCCAGUCUUAGUGGUGGAGAGAAAGCCCGUCUUGCACUGUGCAAGAUUCUUGUUUCACCGGUUAAUUUGCUUGUUUUAGAUGAGCCAUCGAAUCAUAUUGAUAUUGGAGCCAAAGAAACUCUGGAGGAAGCACUUCAGUUGUAUGAUGGAACUCUCAUUUUGGUUUCUCAUGAUCGUUAUUUUGUUUCUCGAGUAGCAAAACAAAUACUAUCUAUAGAGAAUGAGCAAGUAGUCUUCUACAAUGGAGACUAUCGUUACUACUUGGAUCACAAUGAAGACUUCAAAGAAAGGUUGGAAAGGCGGUUUAUUCAAGGAGUGACUGAAAUCAAGAGUGCUCCGGAGAUGGUGACAACAGAUGAAGUGCUGGGGAAUGUGGAAAAGAGGAAGAAAGCUUUUGGUGGUUCGAAUAUUGCAGCCGGAAAGAAAAAGUUGUAUGAUACAAAGCGAUGGAAGUAGUAGUAUACAUCAUUUUUGGGUUAUACUUUAACUGCAAUAUUCUUACGCAGCUUUCUUUUGGAAGAGGUAGUAGCAUGAUGAUUGUUUGGGUUAUUCCGUUUCUUUUUUUGCCUAUA